AUGGAGGUGCCCAGCAUCAAGCUCCAGCGAGCUGCCUGCCUCCUGCUCCUGCUCCUGCUCUGCUCCCUGGCCGCUGCCCGACAGAAUCUGCCUGAGUGCUGCCGGCAGAAGACCUGCUCCUGCCGCAUCUAUGACCUCCUGCAUGGCAUGGGCAACCAUGCAGCUGGUAUCCUCACACUGGGCAAGAGGAAGAGUGUCCCUCCAGCCUUCCAGAGCCGCCUCUACCGCCUGCUGCACGGCUCUGGCAACCAUGCUGCAGGCAUCCUCACCAUGGGCAAGCGUGGGAAGCACUCUGGCACUGCCUGUCACGAUGCAUCAGGCUGCCCCAUGGGCACGGAUGCCCAGCCAACGCCAGCACUCCGAGCAGCUGAUGCCAGCCCUGCCAGCCCCAGGGAGUGCCAGGGACACUCGGGAAAGGACCUGCCCAAGAGCCCAGCCCAGGGAGAUGCCAAGAGCUUUUACUAA